AUGGAAAACUUUGAAAUCUUGCUGAGCCUAGAUUACUGGAGAGGAUAACGAUUUGGAGAAUAAAGGCUACCAAAGUAGAAUAUACGAGAUCAAGAAACUCAAAUCUGUGGCUUUGAUAUUGAUACUUGCUUUUCUAAAAAACUUCAUUUUAACAAAUUUUUGCCAUUAAAAAAAGUUUUAUUAGAACAACCAGAUAAGAUCAAUAGGGACAUUAGGAUUAGUCAAUUUUCAUUUGCUUCAAUUGUACUAUUUCAGAAAUGCCAACACUUUUGGCAGGAAAAAAUCAAUUGUGUAGAACAAUAGAAGGCAAAAAAAUAAUAUUCUUAAGUAUAAUUUACAUUCAUAAAUUUCAUAGAUGAUAAUCUAGAAUAAAUUGAGAUUUGAAACAAGAUUUACAGUUCAUUUGAUUUUAUUGAGUAGAAUUCUCAACUUAAGAGAACUAAAACCUUUUCAAAAAUUCUUUUAAAAUUACUAUGAUGAACAUUUACUUCAAUCUCUCCAACUUAAACUUCUAUUUAGGAAAAGCAGCUCUUACAAAUAUCAAUAAAAUCAAAUGAUAACGAAAUAGCAUUCGUUAUAUUUGAGAAGGCAUUUAGGUUGUGUUUAAAACUAUUUUAUAAUUGUUGGAAUGCAGGUUGUAAGAUAGAAAAGAACCAAUAGAUGUCUAAAUGUCGAGGCUUUCCGGAAAACCAGGAAUAGAUUAAAUAGAAUAUAUGGUUGGCUUAAUAGUAUUUAGAUUGAAUUUAACAUAUGA